CACUAGGGACCUGGAAGGCUGGCCCUUCCAGCACUGCGGGCAGUGAUAGACAACUUAACGAUGAAGUAUAAAAAGACUGAUGGACACCAGUAGGUGGGAGGCGGGAAAGAUUCCAAUGGGAGGAACAAAAGAACUAAGCAAGCUCCACUAGAACCUUUAUAUAAGUAAUCUCCAGCAGGGGGCGCUCCGAAAUUGUCGCAACUUUCCGGAUAGCCUCCUAGACUUGACCCUCUAGAAAAUCGUAGCGUGUUUCCGGCUCUUCUCAGUUGCAGAUACUCAUCACUGGUGUUAUCCUUCUUGCCGUUGGCAUUUGGGGCAAGGUGAGCCUGGAAAAUUAUUUUUCCCUCUUAAAUGAGAAGGCCACCAAUGUCCCUUUUGUGCUCAUCGGCACAGGCACUGUCAUCAUUCUGUUGGGCACCUUUGGUUGUUUUGCUACCUGUAGAGCCUCGGCAUGGAUGUUAAAACUGUACGCGAUGUUUCUGACACUCAUUUUCUUAGUUGAACUAGUUGCUGCCAUUGUAGGAUUUGUUUUCAGACAUGAGAUUAAAAACAGCUUUAAAAAUAACUAUGAAAACGCUUUGAAGGAAUACAAUUCCACAAGGGAUUAUAGAAGUGAUGCUGUAGACAAGAUCCAGCAUACGUUGCAUUGUUGUGGUGUCACCAAUUACAGGGAUUGGAAAGGUACUAAUUAUUACUCAGAAAUAGGAUUUCCCAAGAGUUGCUGUAAACAGGAAGGUUGUUUUCCACACAGGGAUGCAGAUAAAGUUAACGAAGAGGGUUGUUUUAUAAAGGUAAUGACAAUUAUAGAGUCGGAAAUGGGAGUCGUGGCUGGAAUUUCUUUUGGAGUUGCUUGCUUUCAGCUAAUUGGAAUCUUUCUCGCCUACUGCCUCUCACGUGCCAUAACAAAUAAUCAGUAUGAAAUAGUGUAACCAGUAGACACACGGGCUAAUUCCUCUCUAACUUUGAGGUUGAAGGUUACCCUUACGAGCUAUCAUCACCUGGAUGGAGACUGGCAUCUAAUUAGCCUGAUAAACAGCACCAGUAGGCUGAUUCAUCAAGAUAUUUGUGUAUCCUGGUCUAUGUCCAUUUUUUGCCCUAUUCAUAUAUUCCUGAGUCUCUGAAACACUGGAAGAGCUAGUAAAUUGUAGAUGAAAUAAUA